ACAGAAUAAAAAUUCUCAGGUGUUAUGUCAUGGCCGGCCAGGUAAAAAGAAAAUUGGAGUAGUCUUGAUAAGCGACAUAACCAGAUCAGCAUACAACAAGCUCUUAUCUUUGAUCAUUUCUGAUAAUACUAGUUAUAGUCUUGAUAAAUAGAUAUGAACAUAAGUGGAAUGUUAUCUAUGUUGCUUUUAUCCAUCCUUUACUACUUGAUGUUUGGUGCUAAUGCCCAAGAACAGCUACAGCCUGAUGCAACAUAUAUGAUAUUAGCCCCUAGAAAGGUUUAUCCAAAUGAAGUUGUGCAAGUUCAAGUUUCCAUAUUUAAAAUGUAUGGAAAAUCAAUCACUGUUCGAGGGAACAUACGAAAAAAUGGUGCCCAAGAAUUUGCACGUUUUAAAGAGGUCUUCGAGGAAGAGGGCACACGCUUGGUGCAGAUGAAGAUGCCUACCAAUGCUGAUAUGGGCAAUUAUACUAUGAGAAUCGAGGCGUUUAAUGAAGCUUACUAUGGUGCAGGCUACGUUUUUGAGAACGAAACAGAUCUUAUUUUUGACGUGAAACAAGUCUCAGUUUUCAUUCAAACCAAUAAACCUAUUUACCGUCAAGGCCAAACAGUUCACUUCAGAAUAAUACCGGUGAAGCCUAACCUACUACCCGUUCACGGUAGUAUGGACAUAUACAUGCUUGAUAAUACAGGAAUGCCAAUCCGCCGUUGGCUUGAUCAACAGACAAAUGCUGGUAUACUUGAUAUGAAAAUGCAACUAUCAGCACAGCCUAGAUAUGGAGUAUGGAAAAUAAAGACAGUCUUUGAGGGGGCAACAUACGAGAAAGAAUUUCAAGUUGAGGAAUACUAUCCACCUAGAUUUUUUGUAAAUGUCAGCAUGCCUCUUUAUUUAAUGGAUGAUUCAUUUGCAUUGGCAGGACUAAUUACAGUCAAUCAUACUAGUGGUAGACCAGCAAAAGGCCAAGGAAAAGUUCGCCUAGAAAUCCGUGACCCUAAAACAAAACUGGUUGACGGAAAGGAAUAUAAGUGGGACUAUAUAGAAAAGCCAAUAUUUUACUUUAAUGGAAGGAGUGAUUUUAUUUUUUUUAUGGACGAAAUUCGGGCCAAGGUUGGAAAUAUCGCCAAUAAAGAAUUGCAUGUAAUUGCAACCAUUUAUGAUUGGCAUUUGACGUUGACAAGUAUUGGUUAUGGCGUUUGUGUUAUUUAUGAAAACAAAGUAAAAUUGAAGUUGCUGGGUGACAAAUCAAGAACAUUUAAGCCUGGCUUCCCUGUAAACGUUUACUAUGCUGUGAUAGAUGCUGAUGGAAGACCACUAUAUGGAAAUCGACGACAAGUUACAGUGCAGAGAUCUGUUAACAACGGAAUAAAAACGACUGCAUUGGAAGAGGAGAAACUAGUCGUUCGAGACGAUGGAAUAGUCUCUUAUACUUUCAUAGCAGAAUCCGAUGCACGAUUUAUUACUCUUCAGGCCUAUUAUGACCUGCAAGGAUUCUCGAAUCAAGUAGAGUGCAUAUUUUCCAAAUACUACACAUACAACAAUCAUUAUAUAAAAAUAUCUACAACAACUGAACGUCCAUUUGUAGAUCAUUAUAUGGUGUUUACAGUGAGAUUAAGUACGUACGUAAAUCGAGUCUAUUACCAAAUUGUGUCUGGUGGAAAUAUUCAAACGGCAAACUCACUUGAAAUGUCAUCACAACAGAAAACAUUUUCUGUUGCUAUAUCAAGAGACAUGGUCCCUAGUUCUAGAAUAAUUGCCUACUAUUUGUACAAAGGAGAGGUAAUUGUUGAUUCACUAAACUUCUUUGUAAAUGGAACUGGAAUGAAUCCAGUCGAAGUUCGAAUUAACCAAGGAAAAGAUUUUAGUCGUGACACGAUAGAAGUGACAGGAAUAACAGAUCCCGGUUCCUUUAUUGCCUUUUCUGGAAUAGAUUAUGAUAUGUGGUCAAAGGGAGGAAAUAUAUUUUUAACCGAGUCAGAAAUUCUAAGAGAACUUGAAACUUACGAUUCGCAUGCUAACCUAAGCGAUAGUCAUACCUGGUAUUAUGGCGAGGCAAUAUACAAAAAAAUGUAUUUCCCAGCUGCAACCUACGGUGUUGAUGCUAACACAACUUUCGAAUACGCAGGAAUUAUUAUUUUCACCGAUGCUAAAGUUUCUCGAAUACAAAAUAAUUGUAAUAGAACACAAGGGUUUCUACCGUGUAACGACGGUAGCUGCUUCAAAAUAUCCGAAAGAUGCGAUAAUACGUCGCAAUGCAUUGAUGAAGUUGACGAACUUGGCUGUUAUCCUAACGACGAACCUUCUAUUUUUACAAAAGAGUUGAAUCGUUUUAAACAUUUAAAUAGGCAUUAUGAAGAAGAAGGAUCCUGGCUAUGGAUGUCUCAUUUUGUUAAGCCAGAUGGACGGAUUGAUCUGAAAACUAACGUUCCCAAAGAGCCAAUGUCCUGGACUGUUGGAGCCGUAUCAAUGUCUAGAGAGAAGGGUUUAGGAAUUCUUGAAAUGCCAGCUCGACAUCAAAGUACAAGACCCUUUUAUAUUCAAGUCGAAGGUCCCGUCAAUAUUAUUCGAGGUGAACAAAUUGGGUUAAGAGUUGCUCUAUUUAACUAUUGGUCGGAAGAUUUGGAAUGCCUAGUUACAGUUCACGAUUCGGACGACUAUAGAAUUGUGCUGGUUGAAGACUAUGGUUACGUUAAUUCGUAUAACCCUAGAACUACCCGCGGUGACAUCCAAACAAUGAUAUAUUUGAGAGCUUCUGAUAUGUAUACUAUUCAUUUUCCAAUUUCACCUAUUAAAGGGGGAAAUGUAACAGUUUAUGUGACCGCAACCUCUUUCAUGGGAAAAGAUACUGUAUCGCAUACUUUCAACAUAAAAUACGAUGGUACAACAAACUAUUAUCAUACUCCACUCCUGAUAGACUUGAUAAAUACCGGCUCUGACAUUAUUCCCGAUUUAUGGAUAAUCGUCCCUGAUCGCUUUUUCACGCCGGAGCAGCAAUACCAUAAUUUCGUACCUGGAUCUGCAAAAGCUUUUGUUUCCGUUUCUGGUGAUAUAAUAGGAACCGGCUUCUUUAAACCCUUUUUGAAUGCAAUGAAUAUGAUGAGAAAACCUUUUGGGGCUGCUGAACAAAAUGCAUUUAAUAUUGCAGUUAACAUUUACUAUCUAAGAUAUUUGAAAGAAACCAAUCAACUUCGUAAAGAAGUACUAAAAGAUGCUCUUACAGGAGUGAACAUUGCUUUGCAAAGGCAAUUCUCCUAUUAUAUGAGGGACAUUGGAGCAUUUACAAUGUUUAGAGAUUAUGAAAAUAGAACACCUUCUCUUUGGUUAACUGCGUUCGUAUUGCAAACUUUGAACUUUGCAGAUUUGGCUGAUUGGCGAUUGCAUAUAUAUAUUCCACCAGAGCUAAUUAAUAAACUUGGUAAUUGGGCAGCAAAGCAACAACAAACUGACGGAUCUUUCGUGGAUCCUUCACCACCUUAUGAUAAGAGAAUGUCUAAUCAUACAGAUAAUAUAUCUUUAACGGCUUAUGUGCUAAUCGCUUUGAAUGAUGCAGAAGGAAUAUCUGGAAGUGAAAGAAAUAAUGUUGAACAGGCUAAACGAAAAGCUCGAAGCUAUUUAGAACGAAAUUAUGAUACAGUCAAGCAUGGAAAUGACAGUUUCAAAUUGUGUAUUGUUUGCUAUGCUUUAGCACAGAGUGAAUCUUCAAUGCGUUUCGAAUGUCUAUCUCAAUUGGAAGCAACAAAGAAAACUAGUAUUGGUAUAUACUGGUCCGACCAUAUCAUACCUAGCAAUCCUUUUAAGAUUGUCGCAACGAUAAUUUACCAAAAUCCCAGAAACAUUUACCCAACUGAAAGUACUGCUGUAGCGGCAACCUCUUAUGCAUUAAAGACGUUUUUAAAAUUAAAUCAAAAGAUUAGACCUCAAGAAAUAAUGAAAUGGAUGCAAACAAUGCGAAAUACCAUUGGUGGAUUUAUUGGUACCCAAGACACUGCUAUUGCUUUACAGGCUCUUACUGAUCUAUCUAAAAAGGAUACGAAUCGUCAUUUAUAUAAAAUGCUCGUUACUCUCCAAUCUACGUCUUCCGAAUAUUGGACAAAGGAAGUAUAUCUGAACAACUCUAAUUAUGUUGAUACUCACACACUGGAAAUACCUAAAGUAUGGGGUUCUGUAAGAGCAAGAGCCCAAGGAACUGGAGUUGCUCUUAUUCAAUUGGAAACUCAGAUGAACGUUGAAUUUGGCUUCCAACAGUUUCCCCGUCCAAAUCAAUCAUUUUUUCAGAUUGAACUUGAAAACUUAAGAUUAUAUGGUAAAAAUUUCUCAAUUUUUGAGGCUGAUGUAUGCGGUACUUGGACAAGACCAGAUAUAUCUAAGAAGACUGGACUAGUUUUAAUGGAAGUUGAUUUACCAACAGGCUAUAUAAUAAUGAAUGACCUACUUCGAUCCUACGUUCAAUCUCAUACAGUAAAAAAUUUAGCAAGAGCUGAAUACCUGGAUAAGAAGGUUGUCUUCUAUAUAGAUUCUCUAGAAGCGAAUGUUCCAACUUGUGUUCGAUUUACGGCAAAUAGAUGGUUUCCGGUUGCCAAUGUUACUAUUCAACAUUCUCUCCACAUUUACGACUAUUACGAACCAGGAAUGUUUAAUUUAAGCAUGUAUAAAACUAACAGUUUAUUCGGUUUGCACAUUUGCCAAGUUUGCGGAUCUUUCCAGUGUCCGUAUUGUCCGGAUUAUAAUACUGCAACUGAUACUGCCUCUAAUAUUAAUGUAAUUGAAACUUAUAUUAUCGGCCAAAAAGUUUUAAGCGAUAGAGAAGCUUUUGACUUACAUUUGAGAAAAACAAUCACAGCUUGUUUGCACCAUAUUAUCCCGUAUCACUAUAAAACCAAGUUUCAUGUGCAAUUUGUGACGUCCAUUGAAUUUCCACGGGAAGAUAUCGACCCAUUCAUAAUAAAGGAGGAUUUUCGGGGAGGAUCAAAAACAAAAAAGCUAGACGCAAUAGUCAUCCCCGAGAUACUUGCCUCUCAUUUAGAAGCUUGUAAUAAGCUUCAAGAAAAAGUGAAUCAUCAAAGUGAAGAUAAGAAAGUUAAUACUGUUGAAAAGGAGUCGAUUGAAAGUGAUAAAGAAAAAAAAUCAAAUAAACCUGAUGGAGAUUCAUUAUGCUAUAAUUGCUCAAAUUCGAAUAAGAAUAGAACAGAUGAAUUGCAAAAAGUAAAUAAACAUGAUAGAGAGAACAAAAUGGAUAAUUAUUACUCUUUACAAGAUCACGUUGUCAGCGAAAUUGAACAGGAAUUGAAAGAUACCUAUAAACAUACAAGAAUAUGUGGAACGUUCUACUCGAAAGCAAUCAAUCGUAUAAGUGAUCAUUUUGAAGAAGAUCACUAUAUGUACUCUAUUGAAUCAAAAUUAAAGUGUCUUUUAAACAUAGUAGAGAUUUUUGAUAGACAGAACCUAAUUGUUAAUACCAGAAAGCUUAAUAACAUUAAAUCAACGGUUGGUCAAAUAAGAAGGGAAUCCAAAUAUUGUUCAGCUUGGAAAAAUCUUUCACAAAUUAUUAAGGAAACAAAUAUAAAGUUAAAAAGUAAAGUUUCCGUAGAAACUCAAACAGUGACUUUCGAGUCUAGAUAUGAAAAGAAUAGCUUUCAUACGGAGACGAAUAACCGAAGGGAGAUGUUUCGUCAACAAUCUACCUCCAAAGAUGGCAGCUCUGAAAUAUGCCAAAAUUACAAUUCAAAUAAUAAAAAUAUGUUUAACUCACAUGGCAGAUAUAAUCACAGAAAGAGAUAUCAUAAUUCUUAUGAUAGUGGCUAUAAAAAACCAACUUCUAAUUUCCAGUAUCAUAGAGAUCAUCCUUACACAACUGAACAAACUGGUAGAAAUUAUAAAUAUUGGAAUAGUUCAAAGAACCCACACGAUUUUUCAAAUGAAGCUUCUGAAUUCAUUCCUAACAGGAAUAAAUCUGCAAUUGAUAGCCGUGAAAUUCGCCAAUCUUCGCACAGUCCAAUUUAUCCGCCAAUGUACCGGACACAAUUUAACGUUUAUAGAACAAACUCAUCAUUGGCAACUGAUACAAAUGUAAAAAAAUCUAUUAACCCUUUGGAAGAAGAAGAUUUUUUUAAAGUUCGAGAUAUGGUAACUUUGAAUGACCUCUUCGAAAAUCGAAUUCAUUUAGGACAUAAAAAAGGUGUUCGAAAUCAGUAUAUGACACCUUAUAUCUAUGGAAAUCGUUUGCAGUGCGAUAUUAUUGAUUUAGAUCAAACUUUGCCGCUACUUCAUUCAGCCUUAAACUUCACUGCCCAUAUUGCAUCAAGAGGGGGAGUAAUUCUUUUCGUAAGUAGGCAUCGAGAAACAACACCUUUAGUUCAAAAGACGGCGCAAGAAUGUGGAGAAUACGCCCAUUGUCACUAUUGGAGUGGAGGAUUAUUUACAAAUUCAACAGUGUUAUUUGGUACAACUAUACGUUUACCAGAUUUGUUGAUUUUUCCAUAUACACAUAAUUCAAUAAUGGAAAGGCAUGUUGCAAUAAAAGAAGCUGCAAAAUUAAAUAUACCAACCGUCGGAAUCGUAGAUACUAAUUCUGAUCCAAGGUUAAUAACAUACCCAGUACCUGGUAACGACGAUAGUAAAGACUCUAUACAAUUAUAUUUAAGACUAUUUAAAGAAGCUAUUAUGAAAGGAAAGGAACAUUUCAAUAUGCAACAAUAA